AUGGAGAAGAUCUCCACAGUCAUCAUGGACUUGCCUUUAGUGCUCAGACUCAUACCAAAGAGCUACCAGCAGUUCCUGGCCUUGGUAUUUGCAGUCAGAGAGAUCAACAAGGACCUGGUUAUCCUCCCCAAUAUCACACUUGGAUUGCAAAUUUCUGACAAUCAACAGACCGAGAGAAAUAUUUCCAUAAUCAGCCUCUCCCUGCUUUCCACACGAGGCCGAAUGGUUCCAGGUUAUCAGUGUGACAGGCAGGACACUCUACUCUCUGUCAUUGGAGGCUUCAUCCCCAAAUCCUCAAGGCAGAUGGCUUCCAUCUUCAGCACCUUCAAGGUCCCACAGUUGAGGGACCACACAGGGGAUAUCUUACAAUUCAGCCAUUUUCUCAUGUCUUUAGACCCUUUGAACCCAGAAGGGGACAUUUUUCUCCCACAGUGGUGGGAAAAGAUCUUUGACUGCAAGAUGAACAAACCUGGAAAGAAGAAAAAGCAAUAUGCUUCCCUCUGUGACCUCUGCCCAGAAGACCGAUACCCCAAUGAACACAAGAACCACUGCAUUGCCAAAAGGAUCCACUUCCUUGCCUAUCAAGAGAUCUUGGGAUACACUUUAUUAUGUCUCACUCUUUUUCUCUCUAUGAUCACAUUGGCAGUCCUGGUGAUUUUCCUUAAACAUCACGACACACCUAUUGUCAAGGCCAACAACCGAGAUCUCACCUACAUCCUCCUGGUCUCCCUCCUGCUCUGCUUCCUCUGCUCCUUCCUCUUCCUUGGUCGACCCAGGAAGCUCACCUGCCUCUUCCAACAAUCUGCCUUUGCCAUAUUAUUUUCCCUUGCAGUUUCUUCUGUGUUGGCAAAAACUGUCAUGGUGGUUCUGGCCUUUAUGGCCACCAAGCCGGGGAACAAGACAAGGAAACUCUUAGGAAAACCAUUGAUCAAUUCCAUUGUCUUAGUUUGUCCCCUGGUCCAAGCACUUCUUUGUGCCACUUGGCUGGUGACCUCUCCCCCAUUUCCUAACUUGGACUUCCACUCCUUGAUAGGAGAAAUCAUCUUGGAAUGUAAUGAAGGCCCAGCUUCGAAAUUUUAUGCUGUCCUUGGCUACCUGGCUUUUCUGGCCCUCGUCAGUUUCACAGUGGCCUUUAUGGCCAGGAAAUUGCCUGACAGCUUUAAUGAAGCCAAGUUCAUCACUUUUAGCAUGCUGGUCUUUUGCAGUGUUUGGAUCACUUUCCUCCCUACCUACCUGAGCACCAAGGGAAAGUCCAUGGUGGCUGUGGAGAUCUUCUCCAUCUUGUCUUCUGGGGCUGGUCUUUUGGUUUGUAUCUUUUCCCCCAAAUGCUACAUUAUCUUAUUGAGACCUCAUCUGAAUUGUAGAGAAAAUAUAAUGAAGCAUAAAAAUCACUGA